ACAGCCCAAGCUGUCCUUGGAACUUGCUCUUUUAGACCAACCUGGCCUCGAACUCACAGAGAUCCGCUUGCCUCUUGCACCACCAUCGCCUGGCUUGUACUUUUAAAGAAAUGGGGCUAAAAGUGGUCCAAGGAAGGUCGUUUGUCUCGGUGAUUAAGCGCUAAGUGUCUUUGAACCGAAGCCCAGCAAAGCUGAGACUGCCGAAUUAUCGCUUCAGUAACCGAUGAACAGUUCUGGGCAAAAAUAAGCCCACCAAGCACCGUAACGCAUUUCGCUGCGACACCGGAAGAAGCUAAUCGCUGGGCAGCCUGGGCUGCGUGUGUGCACGCGCAAGCGCCAGCAACAGGACGUGGCUCCGCCCCGCAGCCUGUGCGAGCUGCAGUGUCGCCCAACGCGCCAGGCACCAUGCGUCUGGAAGCAAUUCGCUACUCGCCUGGCUCGCUGCAGAUCCUCGACCAGCUGCAGCUGCCUGAGCAUUGCCGCUACGAGGCACUGGCUUCGGUGCAGCAGGCCAGGGAUGCCAUCCGCGCCAUGAAGGUGCGCGGCGCCCCCGCCAUCGCGCUGGUGGGCUGCCUCAGCCUGGCGGUGGAGUUGCGGGCUGGCGCCGGCGGUCCCGGACUUACAGCUCUGGUGGCCUUCGUGCAAGAUCAGCUGCGCCUCCUCGUCGCCGCCAGGCCCACUGCUGUCAACAUGGCCCGUGCCGCCCUCGAUCUGGCUUACGUGGCAGCUCGGGAGGCGGAGCGGGAAGGCGCCACCGAGGAGACGGUGCGGGAAAGAGUCAUCCGCUUCGCUGAGGAUAUGUUGGAGAAAGACCUCAGAGAUAACCGGAACAUCGGGGACUUGGGAGCCCGCCACCUCCUGGAGCACACCAACCCCAGGGGUGGCAAGGUGACCGUGCUGACACACUGUAACACUGGCGCUCUGGCUACUGCUGGCUAUGGUACAGCCCUAGGUGUGAUCCGCUCCCUACAUGAGAUGGGCCGACUGGAGCAUACCUUCUGCACAGAGACCCGGCCCUACAACCAGGGAGCCCGGCUGACAGCCUUCGAGCUGGUGUAUGAGCAGAUUCCUGCUACUCUCAUCACGGACAGCAUGGCCGCUGCUGCCAUGGCGCACCAGGGUGUAUCAGCUGUGGUAGUGGGAGCUGACCGUGUCGUUGCCAAUGGAGACACAGCCAACAAAAUAGGCACGUACCAGCUGGCCAUUGUUGCCAAGCACCACGGCAUCCCCUUCUACGUGGCUGCCCCCAGCUCAUCCUGUGACCUCCAUCUGGAGACUGGCAAGGAGAUUGUCAUAGAGGAGCGCCCUAGCCAGGAGCUGACUGACCUGAAUGGAAUCAGGAUUGCGGCACAGGGAAUCCGGGUUUGGAAUCCUGCCUUUGAUGUCACCCCCCAUGAACUCAUCACUGGUGGCAUCAUCACUGAGCUGGGUGUCUUUGCCCCUGAGGAGCUCCAAGCAGCCCUAAGUGCCUCCAUCUUCUCAGAGGGACAGACCCUAGAUAGUCCCCAGAUGUGACUCCCCGACCUUCCCUGGUUCCUCUGAUUUUGUAAUAAAGUUUUCAAAUGGCUACCCCAAAGCUCAUCCUCACCCAUACCCCUCCUCCAGCUGCUAGAGCAGACGAGAUUUACCCAGCUCUGCAGAGUCCCAGCAUCCACAACAAAGCUGCCCACGAUCACAUUCCGGCUCCAUCCUUUGUAUGACUGAUGCCAAGGCAGGUGUCAGGGGGUACACACCUGUAAUCCCAGCUCCUGGGAAGCUGAGGAUGGAGGAUUUCUUUGUGUUUUAGGCUACUCUGGGCUACGGAUUGAAAAACAAAACAGAAAACCAAUGUAGGGAUAAUCAGAAUGAUCUUAGCUGUCUUUGAACUACUUGUUUGUUUUGAUUUUUUUUUUUUCCAAGACAGGAUUUUUCUAGGUCACCUUGGAUGUCCUAGAACUCUGGGCCAUGCUGGCCUUUAAUUCAUAAAGAUCCUGUCUGCCUCUGCCUCCCAAGUCUGGGAUUAAAGGCAUGCACCCCUACCACCUGGCCAUUUAUUUUAUGUGUGAGUGCUUUACUUGCAAGUGCCUGGUGCCCUCUGAGGCCAGAAAAAGACUGGAUCCUCUGGGCCUGGAUGGUUGUGAGCUGCCAUGUGGGUGCUGGAAACAAAACCCAGGUCCUCUCUGCAA